CACGAGCUUUUGAAAUAGUACCACCUACACGGCACCGGAGCGCGCAGCCUGCAGUCCACAGAGCGGACGAUUUGUUUAAAAUACACGAUCCAGUGGCUGAGGCUUGCGUUCAAAGCAAGCGGCAGCCGGAGGUCUCAGGCCGCGCACACAGCUAGAACGCAGGGCUUUGGCGAGAUCAGUGUCUUUCCAUUGUCAUCCUCCCCUUUAAAAAAAAAAAAAAACAACAACAACAACAACACGGGAGGCGGAUUGCAGGGACUGGCUGCCCAAUGGCAGCUUGGAGUCUCUGGAGAGUUAGAGAGAAAAAAAAAUAGAGCGAGAGAGAGAGAGCGAGAGAGAGCGGCACUUUCUGCCCUCCAAAUCCCUUAAACCAUCCUCAUUCCACCACGCGAACCCACUCUCGCGCAGCGCCCAACCCCCGAGACAUGCCGGGCAGCAUUCCAGAGCCAGCGGCAGCGGCGGCGGCGGCAAGCGGCAGCGGCAGCCGAUACGCUGCGCGGGGAGCAGCGUUAGCACCAAGGGGAAACUAGGCACAACACUGCAAACAAACCAACCCAAACAAGCCCCCCCACGCCCCAGGGACUGGAGGCCAACUCAGAUCCAAGCCGAAAAGGCCACAGCUGACACCAAAACGGGUGGGGAAUAACCAUCGGGGGGGGCCAGAAAGGAAUACCCAAGGAAGCGAACUCCACGAGUGUAAACGGGAUUCAGCCAUGCUCCUUUUUUCAUCUCGCAGUGUUUUACUCUCAGUGUAUUACCCUCAGAUUUUCCUCAUCCUUACCAGUGGGAGUUACCUAGCUUUGUCAUCUGUGGUGGCUUUAGGAGCAAACAUAAUCUGCAACAAAAUCCCAGGCUUGGCCCCGCGGCAACGAGCGAUCUGCCAGAGCCGCCCUGAUGCCAUCAUAGUGAUCGGAGAAGGGGCACAGAUGGGAAUCAAUGAAUGCCAAUAUCAGUUCCGCUAUGGCAGGUGGAACUGCUCAGCGCUGGGAGAGAAAACAGUCUUUGGACAAGAGCUUCGAGUAGGAAGCAGGGAAGCAGCAUUCACCUAUGCCAUUACCGCUGCUGGGGUUGCACAUGCUGUCACUGCUGCCUGCAGCCAGGGCAACCUCAGCAACUGUGGCUGUGACCGAGAGAAACAGGGCUACUACAACCAGGAGGAGGGCUGGAAAUGGGGAGGCUGCUCUGCGGAUAUCAGAUACGGCAUUGAAUUCUCCAGGAAGUUUGUUGAUGCCCGAGAAAUCAAAAAGAAUGCACGGAGGCUGAUGAACUUGCACAACAAUGAAGCUGGAAGAAAGGUUCUUGAAGAGCGAAUGAAAUUGGAAUGCAAGUGUCACGGUGUUUCAGGUUCCUGUACAACUAAGACCUGCUGGACCACACUUCCUAAAUUCAGAGAGAUUGGAUAUAUUUUGAAAGAAAAGUAUAAUGCUGCAGUACAAGUGGAGGUGGUACGGGCCAGUCGGCUACGACAGCCAACCUUCCUGAAAAUCAAGCAGAUCAGGAGUUAUCAGAAACCAAUGGAAACAGAUCUGGUGUAUAUCGAAAAGUCGCCCAACUACUGUGAGGAAGAUGCUUCCACGGGGAGUGUUGGUACCCAGGGACGACUCUGUAACCGUACAUCUCCUAAUGCAGACGGGUGUGACAUGAUGUGCUGUGGAAGGGGUUACAACACACACCAGUACACGAAAGUGUGGCAGUGUAAUUGCAAAUUCCACUGGUGCUGCUUUGUGAAGUGCAACACGUGCAGUGAGCGGACAGAGGUGUUCACCUGCAAAUAGUGGCCUCUGAUGAAAUAAACAGAACAAAUCACCACAAGUGAAGAAAGUGGAGAAUGACAGACAACUACAGCAUCAUUUUGCACAUCUACUUUUCUUUGGGAAAAGAAAUCUCUCCCCACCACUUAUACUUCUAAGGAUGAUGCAUUUUGGGCUGGCUGGCCGUUGGGACUGCAAUGGAAAUAAGGGCAACAGGAUUAAGGUGACGUUGACAAACACAUGCAACUUUUUCUUUUGUUUGUUUUUUACUGCAAUUUGGGUGUUGUAGAGUUUUCCGAUUAGAUUUUUAAGUUAUACCUAACAGAGAAGCUGACUGAAUUACAGAUCCCAGGAGGGUUAAAGAAAAGACACUUUUUUCAUAUUUUACAACAAAAAAAAAAAAUACCCUGUGCAAAUAAGACUUUUUUUAAAAAAAAAAGACAAUGAAACUUUCACUAAAAAAAAAACAGCAGUAUUUCUGCAAAAAUAUUAAUUCCAAAAAAAGCAGGUAUAUCAAAAACUAAGACUAAUAGUGAGGCAAAAAUAUUAAAACGGAAAAACUCCACUAUCACUUUGAAAAAUAAAGUCUGCAAAAUUACGUCAGCUGCCAGUGACACUGGAACUCUAUGAAUGAACAUUACAAAUUAUUAUUUAUGUUUUUAAUAGUAUCAAAAAAUUCUAAGCACUAACGGGUAGCUAUGUCUUAAUUCUGUACUAAAUGUAAGCUUAUUGGAACUCUGACUUUAUGAUUUUUGUAUUUGGUUCUCCUUAAGUUCUUCAAUGCUACUGAUCUAUUGUCACUCCACUACUAGAGAGUUCAAUUACUGUAGGCCUUAAGCAAUGAUCAGAAUUGAGCAAUAAGAUCAUGCAAAACUGUGGUUACAAAUGCUUGAUACAGUGGUUUCCUGCCUAUCCCCAAAUAAGAACUAGCAUUAAGAUUCAGAGGUGAGGCAGAGAGCACCUAUUUUCAUCUUGGCAUGGGUAGUUUUAAGGCACAAAGACAUGCUUCAACAGGUAUUAAAGGUUUUGCUUUGAAGAGAAAUGCCAUAGCAGGAUCUUUCAAGCAAUUACUCUUUCUUUGUAAGAGUUACAACAUCCUAAUAAUUCCCAGCACAAACUUGCCCAUUACUAAUAUUGUGAAAGAGCUUAUACUCACCCUAAGCUAGGAAAUUAAUAAAAUACAGUAGCUGAACUCCAUGUUGCUACAAUCUCUGGUUCAUGAUGGCUUCAUUAGCGUACCACACAAAGCUAAUAAACGGCAGAUGGGUUAGUCUGGCUUACUUUUUAAAUGUCAUCGUUUUUCUAAAGCUGGCAACAGUAUGUUACCCCCUCUCCCCCGUAAAUAUUUGGAAUGUUAAGAAAGAAGUUGAACCUUUAUACCUCUGUUCAACUCCAACUCACAUUCCCUUUUCCCCACAAGGAAUAAUUUUUUAAAAUCUCUAUUCAGAUUAGUAUUGUAAAUCAUAGCGAAUUUAACUACAAGAGCCAGAUAUGCCCAGCUGCAAUAAAACUGCUCCCAUAAACACACAGCAAGUGUAAUUUGUAGCAAAUGCCACUAUCUGGCUGGCAGGAAACAUGGAUUAAAUAUUAUCUAGUUACUGUAAUCUGGACAUUCAGUUUUGUUUUUCAAAGAGUCAUCUACGAAUUAUUCCUAAACUUUUGGGCCUACAUUUUCAAAAGUGACCAGUGAUUUUGAGUAUGGACUUGAGACCCUGAAAGGGACGUGACUUUCAAGUGUUGAGCACUCAUCCUCUGAAAAUCAGGCCCCUUUAAAUAGUCUCCAGUGGAGCACCCAGAAAUUGAGGCACGCAAAAUCACUUAUGAAAAUCCCAGCCCAUGGUCUAAAUCCAGCUCUUGAAUAAAUGAGCACAACUCCAUUGAAGUGGCUGCCCCCAGUUAUGCCAGAACCAUGCCAUACUAUUUAACAUCCCUUUUGAUUCAUGGGUAUUAUUGUUGAACAAUAAUUAUAUACUGUACUUUCAGCUCAUUCUUGACAAGAAGCAAAUAAAGCUCCCAUGCACAGUAAUGCACAGUCAUAUGGUACUACAUACUGUAAAUAUAUUAGAAUAGUAUUUGUUAAGUACAAUUGAGGAAUCCAAUUAAGUUAUAUUAUUGUAUAUCGUUUAAAUGUCUAUAGAGUAUUUUAAAUUAUUGUGAACUACACUGAGUAAAAAAAAAAAAAUUAUAUAUUAUAAACACCAGCCACCCCAAAAAGUGGACCAAAAUGACACUUUCUCACCCACCCCCUAUUUUAAAUAGCUACUUCGGCUAUUCUUCACAUUGGAUGUUUCUACUGUGGAUUUGACUUCCAGAACAUAACGUGUCAGAUCAUCCUAUAAAAGUUUUGCUCAUUUGGGGUGGGGUGUCCAGAAAGGUACUAUAUAGCACAAAGCAGGGGCUGACCACAACAACACAUCGACUUUGCUCUAUGUACAGAAUAAAAAACAGUUUAAGUGUGUUUUGGUCAGAAAGCACCAUUGCCCAUACUGAACUGAAACACACACAAAAUGACAUCAAACCUAUUAAGAAAGGCGUUCACAUAAGCAAACAGCUUACGAAUAACUUUUCUUGGGGAAAAAAAAGUACUUCAAUGUCAAACAGCUGUGACAAUAGGAGGUUUGAAUGCUCCCAGCGACACAACAUGGUUUACAGUAAUUUGCAAUGGCAGAGCUCAGAAUACUGUAUGUUAUUAAAGAAUUUUAAGAACAAAGUUUAAUUUGUUUACUACAUUAAUGUUGUAUAGCAAACAAAAAACAAAACAUGAAACACAUUUCUAUUAAAACGUAACUCUCCCCCCUUCUAGCCCCUCUCUUCUUUUGUUUUUGUUAACUGAUCAACUCUUUUUAAAAAUAUGACACUUAAAAACUUGCGCAAUAACCAUUUGGGUUAAAGCCUCCUUUUGAACGGUAUGCUGUAUACCUCCCAAGUGUACAGCAGCUGUAUGUGUGUGGGUCAAGAUAUUAACG